CACGUCAGCUACUAGCUUCCCCCAAGUCAACGCCCAGCUGUCUGUUUGGACUAUUAGAAUAUCUGGGCCAAAACACUCAGAUAUAACUGGGCUGCGGCCCAGGAGAAUGGUUUGCGGGCCUAAUAUUAUGUAAUUAUCCAUAUGCUCUACGCGCUGCCACGUGUCUUUUAUUCUUUCUGUCCUUGUCGGAUUGGUAAAGGCGGUGGACUGUUCGUUUUUAUAUAUCACGCGACUUCCGUGAUACAACGAAUCGAGAUUGGGGGCUAGGGUUCUGCAAGAAAUUGGAUUUUUGCCGUUGAUCGUUGGCAAUCGAUCAAUCGAGGUCGGAAGUUAGCUGCAAAGAAGAAGAUGUUGGAGGUGGUGCUGAACGACAGGCUGGGGAAGAAGGUGAGGGUGAAGUGCAACGAGGAUGACACCAUCGGCGACCUGAAGAAGCUGGUGGCGGCGCAGACUGGAACCAAGGCGGAGAAGAUAAGGAUCCAGAAGUGGUACACCAUCUACAAGGACCAUAUCACUCUCGCAGACUAUGAGAUUCACGACGGCAUGGGCCUCGAGCUCUACUACAAUUAAUAAGGUCCUUUUUUUUCUUUCCUUUCUUUGUUCUUCCCUAGGUCUUGUUUUCUCUGUAAUUCUUAGUUCUGGUUUGGUUAGCCUGCUUUGUUUGGACGUAAUAUUUUCGUGCAAUUCUGGACUAGUACACGGGGAACGGCUUGGUGAUGUUUGUGAGUUUUGGUCCCGCUAGAGCUUUGUUUGUUCUUAUGUGGAGCUUUUGAUAGCUGAAUUCCCCUUUGUUAUGGUGUUUGGUUUGAAAAUUGGUGGAUCAGUAGGGUGCUGUGUUUCAGUUUCAUCCCACCAAUUCCUUUUUAUUUGGGUAAUAGCUCUAGUUCCUGUUUAGUGAAUUGAGCUAUAUGCUUGAUUUUGGUCGUUGGUGGUGAUCCAUGACGCCGGAGGGUUGAAAUAAACCAAGCAAUAUUCCAAGUAUCUGGAAAUAUGGCCAUACCUUUGUGUUCUGUCUAUUACUCUCUUAUUAUCACCAGUUUAAAGGAUGUUAUGUUACAGAGCUUAUGGUUCUCUUGAAGAGUUCUCGUUUCCUUGUUACUAGGUCAGUGUAUUCCACACAUUGUAACCAAUUCUGAUUUGGUACGGAUUUCCGAACUGGGGUCUUUUAGAUCGUUUCUCAAGCACAGAUCUUGGAUGGAUCCCCCCAAUAUUUGUUACAUUAGAUUGGUUAGGUAGCCAUAGAGGGAUAGGAAGGAGGAAGGAUUUUCCUUUAGAGAUGAUAUAAUGCUUUGCGAUAUUAGCUUCAUUUGAUUGUUCCACCUUAUUUGCAGUGUCUUUAUACUGAGAUUGAUUAAGGAAUCGUAGGUCCCUUGGUUCUGCCUCUGGAUGCUACUGCUUACUUGUUCUUGAUGUGAGCAUUUUGUGUGGGCUUUUUGCUCCUUUUCCCUUCGGUUUAGGCCUGCUAGGAUUGAUGCAUUUGAUUUUGAGGCUAAGUGCUUUACCAGUGUUUGCUAUUUGGUGUUGGGUUUAUUCAAAUGAAGAGACCGACGAUUCUUACAGAAAUAACGUUUGCAGGUGCUGGGUACCUCUGGUAUGCUGAUGAAGGUGCGUGUGUGAUCUUCGUGGGAUGUUGGUGAUGAUGGUUCGGAAUUGUGUUUUCCCAUUUGAGCAAAACUUGGCCUGCAAACACGUUGUGUACUCCAUAUGAUACUGUCAGGGAUGUAUGCUUUAUAAGGCAUUUGAGCAGCUACCUUAUAUUAUCAUUGCUCUCGCCUGUAUUUGUUUGAACUAGUUGAUUAAGAAGAACAUCUUGUUGUCCUACGUUUGACGCUAACAAGAAAUGUUGGUGGAGUUUCGUGGCGUUUGCUUCCAGUGCUCCUCGUUUUACGGCGUCUCAGGAAGCUCAUUCAAAGCUAAUAAGAGCAUCUUCGUCAAUGCAAUUGCAAAAGAAAUUGCAUUUGUGUUUUUUAUUGUCUAACUCAAUUUUUUUUGCAAUCCACAUCACAUUCAUUUCAUUCACCUACAUCAAUGCAAUUAACUUUUAAUUGCAAAUAUAAUUAAAUAUUAUGUUUUUUAAAAUUAAGUAAAAGAGAAAAGAAAAUAAUACAAAAAACAAAAUCAAAUCUCCAUUUUUUAAGGCUUUUUUGACUUGCAUAUGGAAUUGCAUUUGUUGCAAGCUUGCAAAUAUGCAAUUGGUUUUACAAUUGCAAACACCUAUGUCAUGUCAUUUUGCAAUUGAGAAUGCAAUACCAAUGUGGAUGCUCUAAGGAGUAAUUGCUUAGUUCCUCUCAUUUUGUACUGUAAAGCAAUGGAUCAAUGGCGCUUGCAUCAUCUCUAGCAUUGUCUUGGAAAUACAUUCCAGUGUAUGGU